UGCCGGGCGAGGCGGAGGCCGAGGCCGAGGCCGAGGCCGAGGCGGGCGCCGCCGCCGCCGCCUCCCCGGCGGCCGAGGAGGGCGACACCCGGCAGCGCUACGAGGAGCUCUGCAGCAGCCUCAACAUGGACGAGCGCGCCCGCUCCGAGGCCUGGCUCAGCUACCAGAGCAUGAAGCGCAACUACACGCUGGAGGGAAAUGAUCUGCAUUGGCUAGCGUGUGCCUUGUAUGUGGCUUGCAGAAAAGCAAUUCCAACCGUGAGCAGAGGGACAGUUGAGGGGAAUUAUGUAUCCUUAACCAGAAUUUUGCGCUGUUCGGAACAAAGCUUGAUAGAGUUUUUUAACAAGAUGAAAAAAUGGGAAGACAUGGCAAAUCUACCUUCCCAAUUCAGAGAACGAACUGAGAGACUAGAGAGAAACUUUACAGUUUCUGCUGUAAUCUUUAAGAAAUAUGAGCCCAUUUUCCAGGAUAUUUUCAGGUAUCCUCAAGAUGAUCAACCUCGUCAACAAAGAGGAAGAAAACAAAGACGACAGCCGUGCACAGUGUCUGAAGUUUUCCAGUUUUGUUGGGUGCUGUUUGUUCAUGCAAAAGGUAAUUUUCCUAUGAUCAGUGAUGACUUAGUCAAUUCCUACCAUCUCUUGUUAUGCGCUUUGGAUCUAGUGUAUGGAAAUGCUCUCCAAUGUCCUAACCGUAAAGAACUUUUGAAUCCUAAUUUUAAAGGUCUACCUGAAGACUUUCAUAGUAAGGAUUAUAAAGUAUCCUCUGAUCCCCCCUGCAUCAUUGAAAAAUUGUGUUCAUUACAUUAUGGAUUAGUUUUAGAAGCAAAAGGCAUAAAGGAACAUUUUUGGAAGCCAUACAUUCGGAAACUUUUUGACAAAAAGCUUUUAAAAGGAAAAGAAGAAAAUCUGACUGGAUUUCUGGAUCCUGGGAACUUUGCAGACAGCUUCAAAGCCAUCAACAAGGCCUAUGAGGAAUAUGUUUUGUCAGUAGGAAAUCUCGAUGAGCGGAUAUUUCUUGGGGAGGAUGCAGAUGAAGAAAUUGGAACUCUCACAAGGUGCUUAAACACGACUUCAGGAAUGGAAACAGCUGAAAGAGUACAAGUGAAGCAUAAUUUGCAGCAGCAUUUUGACAGGUCAAAAUCACUUAGGAUUACAACUCCACUUACUGGUCGCAAGUAUAUUAAAGAGAGCAACCCAUAUGUGACCCCUGUUUCCAUAGCAACAUAUAGUUUGAGCCGUCUUCAUACAAUGCUGGCAGGACUGAGAAAUGCCCCCAGUGAAAAUCUGGAGCAAAUACUCAGGGCAUGUUCCAGGGAUCCUUCUCAGUCUAUCGCAAACAGAGUAAAAGAAAUGUAUGAAGUGUACUGCCAGUACAUGCAGUCUGAAGGAGACUUCAGUAAUUUCUCCAAAGAUGUUGCCAGUAAGCAUUUUUGUCGGGCUGAGGUGCUGUACUACAAAGUAUUGGAGUCAAUCAUUGAGCAAGAAAGGAGGAGACUAGGAGACACCGACUUAUCUGCAAUACUGGAGCAAGAUGUGUUUCAUAGAUCUCUGCUGGCAUGCUGCCUUGAGAUAGUUACCUUUACAUAUAAGCCACCUGGAAACUUUCCAUUCAUCACUGAAAUAUUUGACAUUCCUGUUUAUCAUUUUUAUAAGGUAAUUGAGGUUUUUAUUAGAGCAGAAGAUGGCCUUUGUCGGGAAAUAGUAAAACACCUUAAUCAUAUUGAAGAACAGAUCUUGGAAAGCAUGGCAUGGAAACAGGAAUCUAUAUUGUGGGAUAGAAUCAAAGAUAAUGAAAACAAAGUUCCUAGCUGUGAAGAGGUAAUGCCACCUCACUAUUUUGAAAGAUCUGCUGGGAACAGCGUUGUAGGUUCUCCAUUAACACCAAGACGAAUAAAUGAGGUUCGUGCUGAAACUGGAGGACUAGGAAAAGGCCUUGCAUCCUCCCCAACUACUCUGUACGACAGAUACAGCUCUCCGACAGCCAAUCCCACACGGAGAAGACUCUUUGUUGAUAACGAUAACAGCUCUGACAGCGGAACGCCAGUGAGAGUGUCCCAGCAGCCUGUGGUCAAUACUGUGCCUGUGCAGAACAUGAAUCCUGAAGCAGUGUCAGUAACUCCGGUGCCUGGCCAGACGCUGGUCACGGUGGCAACUGCCACCGUAACAGCUAAUAACGGGCAGACCGUUACAAUACCAGUACAAGGUAUUGCUAAUGAAAGUGGAGGAAUUACCUUCUUCCCAGUUCAGGUAAACGUAGGUACCCAGCCUCAAGCUGUGUCUGGUUCCAUUCAGCCUCUUAGUGCCCAGACACUUGCUGGUACCCUGAACACUCAGAUGACUGGGGCAACUUUGCAGUUACCAGGCCAAGUAACAGUUCAGCAAAUCGCUUCUGGAGAGCAAAGACAAAACCAGCAAUUUACCACUACCACUGCUAUUAGGCCCAGGAAGAUGGGUUCACUGUCACUCUUCUUUAGAAAGGUGUAUCAUUUAGCUAGUGUUCGUCUGCGGGAUCUCUGCGUCAAACUUGAUAUAUCUGAUGAGCUGCGGAAAAAGAUCUGGACAUGUUUUGAGUUUUCCCUGGUUCGCUGUCCUGAGAUCAUGAUGGACAGACACUUGGAUCAGCUGCUAAUGUGUGCCAUCUAUGUAAUGGCUAAGGUUACAAAAGAAGAUAGAUCAUUUCAGAACAUUAUGCGCUGCUAUAGGACACAACCACAAGCCAAGAGUCAUGUGUAUCGGAGCGUCCUGAUAAAAGGCAGGAGACGACGACGAUGCUCUGGCAGCAGUGAUAGCAGUAGCCAGCAGAACUCGCCUACAGACAGAAGUAAAGAGAGAAACAAAGAAAGAACCAGCAGAGACUCCAGUCCAGUAAUGCGGUCCAGCAGCACCUUGCCUGUGCCACACCCAAACAGUGCUCCCCCUACGCCAACCCGACUGACAGGUGCCAACAGUGACACUGAGGAAGAAGAGCGAGGGGACCUGAUACAGUUCUAUAACAACAUCUACAUCGAGCAGAUCAAAGAAUUUGCCCUGAAGUAUACUUCAAAUGCAACUGAUUCUCCUCCACUCUCUCCCUACCCAUUUGUAAGAAUUGGCUCCCCUCGCAGAAUACAGCUGUCCCAGAAUCACCCAGUGUACAUCUCACCACACAAAAAUGAGUCUACUCUCUCUCCUCGGGAAAAAAUAUUCUAUUACUUCAGCAGCAGCCCAUCUAAGAGGCUAAAGGAAAUUAACAGCAUGAUUAGAACAGGAGAAACUCCAACAAAGAAGAGAGGCAUUCUCUUAGAAGAUGGUACCGAAGCACCAGCUAAGCGAAUCUGUCAGGAAAACCACACUGCUCUGUUGAGACGACUACAAGAUGUAGCAAACGACAGAGGGUCUCACUGAGUUCGGUGUCGCAGCACAAGCAUUCCCUCGCUGCAGCUGCUGGGCCAGGCAGCUUAGCAGAUCACAUGGAUUCAGGCAGGCUGUCGCCUCACGCCUGCCCCUGUGCGACAAGUCUCCUGUCAGACCACGCUGAGCGUUUGUACUUCCCAGAAAGGGGCAGGAAGACAGUCUCGCCCUAGGACCAGGACAGUGGCGAUCCACUUCAAACUCCAACUCAGACUCAGCCCUAUGGUUAAGCAAAUCAUAAGGCAAGUGAUCCAUCUUCAGGCUUAGGCUUGAGAAAGCAGUUCAGGUUUAUUUCCAUUGCUUGGAGAACGCAUCCUUUAUAUAGCUUUCUACCUUGCAACAGGUAUUUAAAUCAGUCUGCUAUAACCAGUCUGCUUACACUGGUUUUCUCAGUGCUUUACCAUUUUCAGCUUUGGACUAAGAAGUUAUACGUGCAUCAAAUCUGGGAGCACUGCACCAAGAUAAUCAUAUUCAAGGGUAUCUUGGUUUUUACAUUAAAAACCUCUAUGAAAACAAUGACUUACAAGUAGCAGUCUAAGUCCAGUUGUUCUGUCUGGACUUCUCACAGGAAAGGGAAGAUGGGAAUAACUUUUUUUAAAGCCCUGAAGGAAGUUAUCUAAAUGGAUUCUUUCCAAAAUCAGGAUGAUGUGUGCCCCUGAAAACCAUCAGGUUGUUCUGCUUUAAUAUUUGGGCACCUUGUUGUAUAGAAGUAGAUAAUUUGUUUAUGCAUUGUUUUUUUAGCUGUGCAAUGUUUUAAAGUGAACUCAUGUUCAAAAGGUGGCACUUUUGAUAGGGCUGUGAAGCAUCAUUUUUAAGGCAGGUUAGUUUUGCUGUAUAUUUGCAAUGGCACUUUCUAAAUGUGAAUAUUUUUCAGAGGCUGAGACUUCAGAUGUUUUCCUUUAUUGAAGCAAUUUGACUUUUGUAUUUAUUUUCAAAUUGACAUCCAAAAGCUCCCCUCUUCAGCAAAUGGCAUUAAGAAUUUGUUUUAAACUUCAUGUGUAUGCAGUAAUGAAUGCAGGAAGCUAGGGAUGGUUGCUUUUCCCCCCCCCUUCCCCCCCCCAGGAAUUUUAUAUGCCUGUAAUGUUUGUUCAAUUUUUUUAAAUUUUUAUUAAUACUAUUAUUUUAUUAUUAUUUUUGUUAAGAGUCAGGAAUUGGCCAUCUCACUUUCUAGAAGGAAGGUGGCAUCAGUCUCUUAAAAUGUAUACUUAGGGAGGUGGAGUGCUUUUUUUGUUUGUUUGUUUUUUUCAAGGGCAGGGUUUGCGGGCAAUUUUUUAUGGACUAAAUUAGGCUGCCUGGGAGAAAUCUCUCCCCUGCUAACAGCAUAAGAAAGUGGUGCAUAUAUUAGACUUUUUUUUUUUUUUUUUUUUACUAAUUACUUUCAAUUAAAAUAGCUCCAAAAUACAAAACUUCUUAGUAUGUUUAAUGUUUUCUUAAUAAUUGAUGCACUAUACCAAGUUGUUCCUUUUCAAUGCCAUAAUUAAGGACAGCAUUGUCAUUAAUGGAAAAUUUAGUACACAAGAUUAUAGAAACUUUAGAGAGAGGCAAAACUCAAAACCUCCAUGUUUUCAGUCAUUUCUGCUCCUCAGAAUAAUGGAAAGAUUUAGGACUUAAUUCCACUUAUAUUUAAUUAAGGAAAACUAAAAGCAUCUUUCAUUCUUACCUGCAUAACAAAAAGGCUGAAGUUGACCAAUUCUGUAGAUGUUUCUGUAAAGAUAUUUAUGAAAUUGUCAGGCAAUUCUUGUUACUCUAUACCAUUUACCUUACUUUGUAUGAAAAUACUGCAAGUGUAUUUUUCAAUAAAGAAUUUAUAAA